AUGCCGGAGCCCGCGGGGUACGCGCCGCUGGGCGCGGUGGAGCGGCAGCGGCGGCGGGCGCUGUUCCUGCAGAGCUACCAGUUCUCGGUGGAGCGGCGGCAGGGGCCGGCGGAGUGGCUGGGCCUGGGCCUGGGCGGCCGCCUCGCGCGGAGGCUGCGCGAGGUCGGCGGGGCCGUGGCGAGGGCGGCCGGGCGCGUGCGCGGCGCGGCGCGCUGGUGGGUGGGCGCGGGGCUCGCCAGGGCGUGGCGCGGGUGGAGGCCGCGCGCGGACCCGCUGCUCGGCUGCUUCGGCUCCGCGGCGCACCACAAGUACUACCUGCACGACUACGCGUGA